AUGUCGUCCGGUACCGGAGAGAGUCGCAAACGUUGGAAAGGCGGGGCGAACAUGGGAAAUGAUGGGGGUGGGAGGAGCCAAGGAGGCAAGAGAGAAGAACAGAAUGAAGGGAAACAAUUAUUUUGGCCUGCCCAAAUAAACUGCGAAAUGAAUUUGGAAGAAUGGCGGUUAGCUCUCACAAAAGCUGACUUGUUGCCAGAAUUAGAACACGUACUAAAAGGUUUUGAGUUUGGUUUCGACCAAGGGAUCCCAAUCCACAGGAUAGGUGACUUAAGAUGGUAUACACCGGAUAAUCAUUCCUCAGCAAACGAGGCGGCAGAGAAGAUACAGAAGUCCAUAGAAGAGGAGGUAUCGAGCAGAAGAAUGUUUGGCCCGUACUCACACGAAGAGGUUGCUCAAAAGUUCCCGUUCUUCAGAACCAGCCCAUUAGGAUCGGUAGUCAACGCGGACGGAAAGAUGCGACCAAUUAACAACUUGUCAUACCCUAAGAACGAUGAGAACAUUAAAUCCGUAAAUUCUUUCGUGAAUAAGCAAGACUUCUCGACAACCUGGGAUGAUUUCAAAACUGUCUCCGAAUUCUUUAGGAAAAAUAACGAAGUUUUCAAGCUUGCAUUGUUUGACUGGGCCAAGGCAUACUGGCAAAUACCCACUUUAAUGUCACAAUGGCCAUUUCUCAUGGUGAAAGAUCUAAGUGGGAGGCUUUACUUAGACACUCGAAUAACUUUCGGAGGUGUCGCCGGUUGCGGAUCAUUCGGAAUACCUGCGGACGUGUGGAAACGCAUAAUGGAACAUGAGUUCGACGUGGUAAAAAUCUUUCGCUGGGUUGAUGACAACCUUUUUAUCAAAAAAUCGAAUUCUGUCUGCAAGAUGAGUGUUAUCACCAACAGAUCGGUAAAGUUAGGGGUGGCGACCAGCAUCGAGAAAUGUUCCGACUUCGCUGACGAACAGAAAUUCAUAGGCUUUAUAUGGAAUGGAGUCGAUAAAACGGUUAGACUGCCAGAGAAGAAGUUAUCAGAAAGGAAGUCUCAAAUACAGGUCUUCCUAGCCAAAGGUGCUGAGUUCAGAUUCAAUGAAGCCGAAAUUCUCGCGGGACGCCUAAACCAUGUCUCCUUUAUUUUACCACAAUUAAGAUGCUACAUUCGGAGUAUUUAUAGGUGGAUGAACCAGUGGAAAAAACUCUGGGCUACAAGGAAGAUCCCAGACGACGUAGAAACGGAUUUGAAGUUUUGGUUAUUAACGUUGGACACCUAUAAACAUACGAGGAUAUGCCCCAAGACCGAGCCUUUAGAGAUACACUGGGUCGGAGACGCCUCCACCAGCUUUGGGAUAGGCGUCCUUAUUGGGCGGCGAUGGGCGCAACUCAGACUCAAAGAGAACUGGCGUGUUGCAACCCCGCCAAGGACAAUCGCUUGGUUAGAAACCAUUGCCAUCAGAGUCGGUAUCCUGAUGUUGCUAGACAUACGCGGCAACACUAAAGGGUCCAACUUCGUUGUGUACACGGACAACACCACCACCGAGAGUGUGCUGGCUACCAGGAAAUCAAAGGACCAUCACUCCAACGAGGAAUGGAAACAAAUACAGCAACUACUCAUCUCUUUAGAGAUAGAUUUGACCCCCUUAAGGGUGAUCUCUGCGGAGAACGCGGCUGAUGGCUUGUCCAGGGGCAUACAGCGUCCGCACAUGCCCGUAGAUAGGGUCUGGAUAAACAUUCCGAUUGACCUACAGGAGUUCAUGUUUCACGCAUGA